GAGCACGACUGCGAGGCGGGCUGGAUCUGGACGCAGAAGUUCAACGAGAGCCGACAGAGUCGCGACCACCUCGUGAGGGUUAUCGCCAAGGUACUGGUGCACCUCCAUGACGACAUGCUGGAUCCCGUCUACGUGGUCGACCAGCUCCACUGGAAGUACUCGGAGGUGCUCACGACCGAGGACUUGUGGAUGAUCGCCGAGUGUGACCUGCGCUGGCAGGCGGCGGAGGAGAAGCCAGACCCGUGGGGGGCCAGCUCGUGCCACCGCCUUCUAGUCAGCCCGCAGAGUAAGGACGAGUGCAGGGCCACUGCGGCGGCGGCGUCCUCGAAGCCUCCGCGGUCCACCGGCCUCGAGGCCAUGACCCCCGGUGAGCCUUUGCAGGUAGGCCCGGUAGCUGCAUGGCGACGGACUUCCGCGCCGCGGCAGCGGGCGUCCGAGGAGAAGGCGAGUGACGCUGGGCACGAGAAGUCGCUGAGGGCGAUCAUCGUGCGCACGUCCAAGUCGCUGAUCGACUCGGCCACGUCAAGCCACGGACACUGCACCACGUUCUACCACAUCGAGCUCUCCGACCCCGCGGACACGCGGACGUUCACGAAGAGGUACAGCGAUUUCAGGGCCCUCGACAAGAGGCUGAGGAAGACCAGCCCGGCCCUGCACCGGGCCCUGCCCGAGCUCCCCGAGUCCGGCAUGUUCGGGCUGCGGCACAGCCUGGGCCUGGAGAGCUUCGAGCGCAGGCGAAGGGAGGGCCUGCAGGCCUACCUGGACGUGGCGGCGGCCGAGCUGGACGAGGCCACCCUCCGUGCCUUCCUCGGGGCGCAGCGGGACUCCGCCCCUUGGCCGCCCGGCUCUGCGCCGCCGCCCGCGGACGCCGGCGACGGCGAGGGCUUCGUGAGCGCCACCAGCGGGUCGGAGGGCGACAACGCGGGGGCGGGCGCGGGGGAGGCCGGCACCGGCGCCAGCGGGGCGGCCGAGGCCGGCCAGGGGAGUGGCGUGCCGCCGCGGGUCAACGGCUGCGGCUGCGAGGUGGACGUGAGCAGCCCCCACAUGCCGGAAUGA